UGCGUAGCCGAGCCGAAUUUAGCAGAAUAUCUUUUUUCCUUGCCUUAUCCAGCGGACUGCUGCUGUUCCACACUCCAUAGCCACUCCUUGUACAGCUCCGUGGAAGAGGUCCAAAAUAGACAAAAUUUCAGCAAGCUCGAUGCAUGUCAACAGGCAAAGGUGAUUCUAGUUGCUUCUAUCUACUCUGUACUAGCUAACCAGCUCUCACUUAUUCAUGUAUUGACAUAUGCACGUACUGAAAUUGGAAGUAUACGAGCUGUCCAGCUUCAUCUAUACACCUUCUCUGCUUUUUAAUCACAUAAGUGUAGGUGAAAUCACGAAUUGGCGAAAAAUCCUUUCAAAUUUAGUGCCCAAGACCAUAUUUAACUGGAAAGCUAAACCGUGAAAAACUUACCAGCAAUUAAUCAGUAUCUUUCUUGACGGCAGAACAGUUCCACAUCUAACAUCAAAAGGAAUAGUAAGGUGAAUUACUACAUCUCAAAGGGAAGUAUUACAUCUGAAGGUAAUUGUUUUGUAGAGCAAUCCUCAGAAGCAAAGUUUAUAUAGAGCUAUUCAAAAGUGUUUCUCUUGUAGUCUUGUGCAUGACUUGAUUGGCUACCCAAGUCCUGAAAAAAAGAAAGGAAUGAUUUUGUAUGAGAAAUAAACUUGAAUUUGAGAGUAUGACUUGUAAGUGAAACAAUACCUUAGCGGGCAGCUGGUCAUUUUGAUUUGUUGGCCAUCCUGAGCCCGGCAACACAACAGAAGUACAGAACUCUACAUUGUUAAUCCAAAAGUUAAUGCAAGUGAAUGACCCGCACAGGCUCGUCUUAAUUUUAAACAAUUAAUCUCUAUCAUUAGAGUUGGCAAAAGGAUAAUAUGUCCAACGAGAAAUCUCAUGCAGUAAAAUUUAAAAUAAACUUAGGUGCUAUUCUGUUAGUGGUGAACUUUGAUUCUAAGUAAGAUUGAGCUGAUGUCUCGUUAUUAAAUCAACUCAUGAUGCUGAUGUAUAAUAUCUCCCUCUUUUAUUAAAUUUUCCAUGACUAAUCUGCCAUAUACUGAUGAAUAAGCAGCAAAUAAAUGCAGAUGAUUCAGAGUUUCCAACCUUAAGCAUAUUUGUUUAUCUAGACAGAAACAGGGUAAUGAUAUAGCUGGCACUGAAGGAAAUAAAAUUACAGUGGAAUGCUGAAGGAUUAAUUUGCAUGUCCAUGUUCUUAAGAAAGCAAAAGAGAAUCUUGGCUCACUAUACACCAACAAGAGCGAGUUCAGGGCUGAAUUCCACAAAGUGGUGAAUCACAUGACAAGUGUUGAAGAAUUUGAGGCUGCCUGGGUAUACUUGUUGAAAAAUACAAUUUGAAGUCCCACAAUUACAAGACAAACCAGUUCGAGAUACGUCGCAAAUGGGCAUCAAGCCCAAUGCAUGUGUUCGUCCGUCAGUACAUGAGGCUACAAUUCGACCGGGGAUCAGAUGAAAGCUACCAAGAAAACAGGACAAGGAUUAGUAGUGCUAUGAUGAGGACAAACGUUGCUAUCGAAAGGCACGCGAGUAAGGUUUACACGAGAAAGAUGUUUGAACAAUUUGGUGAGAAUCUGUUUGAAGGUGGAUCAUACCAAGUCGAGGAGAUUGAAAAGAAAAAGAAAAAUAUCGCAAGGCACAACGACGCCUUAAAACGAGAGAAGUGGAGUAAGGUCGAAUACGAGGUGACCAUAUCAGAUGAAGUUGACUGGUUUGAAUGUGAAUGCGGGCAGUUUGCCCACAUGGGAAUGCUUCGCUGCCAUGCUUUGAAGGUGGUGAACCACGUUGGUGUACCGGAGAUACCCAAGCGGCACAUCCUAAAAAGGUGGGCGAAAGAUGAUAGAGACAUCUUGCCACAACACAUAGCUCACUUUCAAAAGGAUCAGGCUGCGAAUCAAUGUUUUACCUGUCGGAGCUCAACCCUGUACCUGCACGCCAUGGAACUGGUGAGGAUUGGAGACUCAUCAAUCUCUGCCUAGGAGCUCGUAUUUGGGAGGAUCAAGGACUUAAUCGUAGAGGUAUCUCCGCUGGCGGAAAAGACGGAUGGUCUAGGAAUUGAGGAUAUGAUAGCUGCUGAAUCAAGUCGAAAGAACAAUGGCUCAGUAGGGGCAAUCAUAAACAUUGAUGCACAGAUGGGUGACAAUGAGAACAGCAUGACUGCGUCUGGCAAUUGGGAUGCCCUCGCUGGUUUGUCUGCUCCAAGCAAGAAGCAUGGUGUUGGCCGGCCGUGCUCGAGCAGAGAGAAAGUGUCAUACGAAGGCUUGAGUAAGCGCACAAGGUUGUGCAGUAUAUGCAAGUUCCCAGGGCAUAAGAGGACAAUCUGCCUGUGCCAAAACAACCUCGCAAGACUGUUACGUGCAAGAACUGUUGUGUGAUGGGACAACGUCGCACCUCCUGCAUGAGGCCGCUUGUGCCCAACGCUUAGGACUUUUUUCAUACCAUGUGUAAAACUAUAAUAAUCGAGGAUUUUCUAGAGCGUUACUUGUGUCUGAACUUCCUCGCUUGUUCCUCCUGAUUGUAAACAGUUGUUUUCAGAUAAAGCCGUGGUGUCUGUCCUGAUAAAUCUGAAUUUGCCAAUCACUAAUAACAUCACAGCUAGCAUAGUGUCAAAAACGUUCUUAUAUUCUGGGACAGAGGAAGUAGUUGACAGCUGAUCAAU